AUGAGGCAUGAGCGUAGAGCAUGGGAGGGGAGUUCACUUGAUGCACCAAGAAGGGUGAAAGCAGGCACUAAGGGCACUACUGGACGAGCAGGGCACGCGAUGCUGGCGGUGUGCUCAAGUGGGCGAAGAGGUAGACGUCAAGGCGAAGGCGGGAACGAGGAGGAAGGCGCCAAGGUUACCAAGGCAAGGGUGCGCAAACGCUUAGGAGUGAGCACUAGGCGCCGAGGUAUUUGGCAACAAGCGCAAGCGCGCCGGAGCACGGGCACCGGGGAGCUGGGCACCACUAGGCAUGGGAGCUGGGGCAUUGGCGCUGUGCAUGGUGCGUCGGGGAGCUAA